AUGGAUUCUUCUGACUCCGACUCCGACUUCGAAGUUGUUGACGACUUGAGCUCGCUUUACCUCUCUGAUGUUGAACCUGGAGAUGAGCCUCAAGUGGGCAAUCGCUCCUAUUUAAGGGGUGUAGUUGAUAUGGGAAGCAACGGGAUCCGCUUCUCAGUCACAGACCUAUCCCCUCCCCUCUCUCGCAUUCUGCCGACAGUCCAUGUUUAUCGUGUCGCCAUAUCACUCUACGACGCACAGUUUGACCCAGAGACUGGGCACAAGAUCCCCAUCCCCCAAGAUGUCAUCGGCGAAACCGUGGCCGCCCUGAAUCGUUUCAAGCUUGUCUGUGCCGAUCUCGGUGUUCCCCGAGCAAACAUCCACAUUGUCGCCACUGAAGCAACUCGCGCUGCCCUUAACUCUGCUGAGUUUAUCAAAGAAAUCACCUCAGCUACCGGCCUCACUGUCGAUAUGCUCCACAAAGAGGACGAAGGACGGGUCGGCGCCUUAGGCGUCGCGAGCGGCUUCUCCGACAUUCGAGGACUCAUGAUGGACCUUGGAGGCGGCAGCACUCAGAUUACCUGGAUCAUAUCCCAAGCCGGAAAUGUCCGGAUCAGUGACAAAGGGUCAAUCAGUUUUCCAUACGGGGCGGCCGCCUUGAGCAGGACUCUUGAGGAUCUGAAACGGGGUAAAUCGAAGGAAGAGGCAGCGAAGGCACUGGCAAAGUUGCGCCAGGAGAUGAUCAACAAAUUCCAAGACGCUUAUAAAUCGAUCGCGGUCCCUGAGAGUCUAGUAGAGGAAGCCAAGGCAAAUGGCGGAUUCCCGCUCUAUCUCUCUGGAGGGGGGUUCAGGGGUUGGGGCUAUCUGCUGCUGUACAUGAGUCAGGUCGGCAAGCAUCCCCAUCCAAUAUCCAUUAUCAAUGGUUUCACUGUUAGCAGGGAGAGGUUUGAGAACACAAAGGCUAUGGAGGAGGUUGCUCGGACCGCACAUUCCGUGUUUCGGGUUUCUGAUCGGCGGAGGAAGCAAGUCCCUGCUGUUGCGUUUCUGGUCAACGUCCUAUCCCACGCCAUUCCGCAUGGAAUCCGAGUUGCGCACUUCUGUCAAGGAGGCGUACGAGAAGGUCUGCUCUUUAGGGAGCUUGAGCCAAGCAUUCGGGCACAGGACCCGCUCGAGGUCACAACGCAGCGCUUCGCACCCGAGUCAGUCCAGGCCAUAUACAACCUUCUCAUGUUCUCUUGUCCCGCACCUUCAAAGGGCGGUACUCGCAGAUUCCCCGAUGCCAUCAGUGCGCACGUCAUCCAGGCAUUCGCCAAUCUUCUGUAUGUCCACACCAUCAUGGACAAAGAGCUGGCCUCAACGGCAGCCAUGUACAGCACGAGCGCCGGACUGCUCGCUUCCACCCGUGGAGUUUCCCACGAGGACAGGGCUAGGCUUGCCUUGAUGCUGGAGUCUCGGUAUAUGGGUGAGCUUCCCCCCCGCGAGGCUCAGUUCAAGGAGGCACUCCGUCGUGUCAUCACACCAGAGGAAGUUUGGUGGGCUGGAUACCUUGGCAGAGUCGGAUACCUGAUCAGCCGCCUCUAUCCGUCGGGCAAAAUUGAUGAGAGCAAGCCUCGAGUCAUUCUUUCAUCUGAAUGGGCUUGGGAUCUAGGACGCAAGAAGCAGAGGGAAGGAGUGAAGUUGACAAUCUCUGUGCAGAAGGUCAAACAUGACCCUGCCAAAUUGAAGAAAGCAUUGAGGGACCACGUAAAGAUAGUGGAGAAGGUCGGAAAAAAGAAGAAUUGGAUUGGAGGACCGAAUGGAUGGGGAAUGAAGGUAAAACUUGUGGUUGUGGAAGAGGAUAUUAUGACUUGA